GUCUGUUCCGGGAGGCGCAGCCCAGAGAAAUGGCAGAAGAAAAUCUAUUCCGGGAUCUCAUGGAAAUCCUGAUGAGAGCUUCAAAUGAAAUUGAACAGGCCUGUAAAGAUUCCUCUGAACCACUGGAUUUAGACACCUGUCUGGUGCUCAUAGCAGAAUGUUUCAGAUGUCUGAGGAAUGCCUGUGUUCAGUGUGCCAAGAAUCAACAUAUCAUGAGGAACUUGGGUCUCAUCACUACCUCUGUCCAUUUGAUCAAUUUGCUUGAUGGAAUGCAGGUCAAAGAAGAACCAUUACUGAUUGCUUUUCGAUGUAGCCUCCAGUUUCUUGGAAACAUUGCAGCAGGAAAUGGAGAUUCCCAGAAUAGCAUUUGGAAGUGUGCUUUCCCAGAUCUCUUCUUGACCUGCCUAACCUACAGUGAUGAGAAAAUUGUUGCCUACUGUUGUAUGGUCUUAUUUACCUGCCUUAAUUCAGAGAAAGUGAAAGAACUGCUGGAACCUGAGAACUUGUCUGUGGCUCUUCAUGUCAUAAAAGUCUACAAAGAACGAUUGGAGUCUGAGUGGUCGUUCUUAAUUGUUACAGACUAUUUGCUGCAAUGUCCAGAGUUGGUAAAAGCCCUCUAUGCCAAACUGAGCAAUCAAGAAAGGUAACCCCAAAACCAAUGUGGCUUUUAGAAUUUAGCAUUCCAUAUAGAGUAUCCUGUUCACAUGAUUGAAAAACUGUGUGGUUUCGUAGUUGGCACAAAAUCUCUAAAUACAUGUUUCUAUGUCAGUAAUGGUUUUAAAUUGGUUGGUUAACAUUACAGUUUAGCCACAACUGGCAGUGAUUUAUGUAGGGUUGCAGAAUCCAGGUUGGCGCCAUUACUUGGUAAAGAAAUACUUCAGAAAAAA